AUGUCUUGUAGUGUCUUGGGCGUGUAUGUUAAGAAGAUAGGUACCAGUUCCAGUAUUAACACAUUUCUAAACGGAGCCUUCUGUCUCACAUUAAUGAUCUGCCGUGGUGAAGGACACAAGGAUUGUAACAGAUACAUUAGUUACAUCCUCGUCGGUUAUAAUCUGAUCUUCUCCACCGCUGCCCGCUACUGGGGGUCAGUCGGUACAUCACCGACCGGCCCGGUUGAGCAAAAAGACGCCGUCGUCCGACGAUCACUUGAUAGCAGCGAAUUCCUUGAAGGCUUUGACCAGGAGCUCCUGGAACAGCGGUCUCGAAUUUGA